GCGAUUUUGAUGAAGCAGGACCACAACCCCCAGAAUUCAAUGAGCCUUUCGGAAAGGAAGACGAGUCUGAGCGUGCGGAGCCAGGAAGAGAGAGACGGAAACGGAAGUUUGAAGCCGGCUCCCGCCUCAGUGGGCGGGUUUUCGCAGGGUUGCGGGGGUCACGGCCAGGGCUUCGCACCAGUGACUGAGGCGCUCGGGUGGUUUCUGGCGCCCGACUCUGACUGCAAGUGGCGGACUGACGCGGCCCAGCUGCAGCAUCCAGUGUCCGAGCCUACCGGUAUUUCCAGCUGCGCAGUGCCCGGCGCCAGGCUGCAGAAGAACAGAAGACAUCGGGAGUCCUGUAGAGUUCAGCCUUUCCUCCUGAGCAGCAGGCUUGAGGCAUGCGAUGGAAAGACCUCCCCUGCACACCAUCCAUGGCAAGAGCUAGGGCCACGAUGGCUCUCAAACCUGCUGGACUAAAGUGCCGUGGUGUCUGCGGUCCUCCUGGCUUGUGCCCUUCUGACAGUUUGUGGAGGCUGUCGGAUAAGUGGCAGUGUGAGGCUGAGGCUCAUUACAGAGAUUAAAUAUUUUGACAUGUU